AUGACCAACAUCAAGUAUAAUAAUCAACCGCUGGGCAUUGUGUCUAUUUUCAUUGCCAUUUUAACCUCCGUCGGAGGGAUGAUCUUCGGUUACGAUACCGGUCAGAUCUCAGACAUCGUCCUGAUGGAUGACUUCCUCGAACGGUUCUCAGACAUUCGUACAAACUGUGAUCCUAACGGAUUGAACUGUGAUAUGGACUUUUCAAGAGUCAGAAAGGGUCUUAUCGUCAGUUUGCUCUCCAUCGGUACCCUUGCUGGUGCUCUUUUUGGUGCUCCUAUUGCCGACUACCUCGGCAGAAGAUGGGCUAUGACUAUCGAGUGUAUCGUCGUCAGCAUUGGAUUUAUCGUUCAAAUGGCUGCCUUCACUGUCUGGCAGCAAGUCGCUGUCGGUAGACUUAUUGCCGGUUUGGGUGUCGGUGCGUUGUCCGCCGCUGUACCAAUGUACAUGUCCGAGUGUGUAGUGGCCUCUUUCAGAGGUACGGCUGUCGCUUGUUACCAACUGGCAAUCACCUUCGGUAUUCUACUGUCAUACUGCUUCUGCAUUGGUACUCGUCAAUUAGAGAGCGCCGCGAGUUGGAGAAUCAUUAUCGGUCUCGGUUUCGUGUUAACUUGCACUCUCGGUUGUGGUAUCUGGCUCUUACCAGAAUCUCCCCGUUGGUUGAUGAAGAACAACAAGCCUGAACAGGCAAGACAUGCGCUCGAGAGAAUUAGAGGUGCUGAGACAGACUUUGAAAGAACCGUUGUCGAGCACGACUUCCUAGAGAUUUCUGGCCGUAUUGAAAUUGAAAGACAAGUUGAGUCUCCAUUCUGGCAGUCCUGGGUGGAGUGUUUCAUUGGUCACCAUGGCUCGAAGAAGUUGGUCUACAGAACGCUUCUUGGUAUGAUGAUGCAAAGUCUGCAACAGCUGACUGGUGCCAACUACUUCUUCUACUACGGUGCCACUAUCUUCCAAUCGGUCGGUCUCUCAGAUUCGUUCAUCACACAAAUCAUUCUCGGUGCCGUCAACUUCAUUUGGCUCUUCAUUUUUGCCUCCGUCGGUGUUGCUCGCCCACCAGAUCAGAACGAGGGCAUGGGUAAUCUCAUGAUUGUCUCAGCUUGCUUGUUCAUUGCCAGUUACGCAACUACUUGGGGUCCAGCCUGCUGGAUUAUCACUGGUGAAACGUUCCCAAUGAGAACCAGAGCCAGACAAGCAUCCAUUGCCACCGCAUCAAACUGGGUAUGGAACUUCCUCAUCGGGUUCUUCUCACCAUUCAUCACUGGUGACAUUGGCUUCGCCUAUGGUUACGUCUUCGCUGGCUGUAACUUAUUUGCGUCAGUCUUCGUAUACUUCUUCCUCUACGAGACUGCCGGUUUAUCUCUUGAGGCAGUAGACGAAAUGUACUCAACCGAUGGCUUGAAGCCAUGGAAGAGCAGAGCUUGGACACCUCCUGGCUAUGAAAAUAGGAGGGAUGUCAUGGAGUCGGCCAAGCUUGAUACAUAUCAUGAUGAGAAUGGCGAGAACGUCGACAAGAGAUUUGAGGAUGGUGAGAGGUUCUCUCAAGCUUCAGAUCAGCACGAAGACGCAGCCAAGAAGGCUUAA